AUGACAUCUUGGACCGCCGUGAAUGAAUCGCUCAAAUGUCUAAGUCUCGAUGAGCAGAAGAUGAUCGAAUCAGUGCUGAAGAAGGAUCUCGAGUUUCAGGAAAGCGAGCAACAACGCAUUCGGUCGCUGUCGAAUACGGUUCAAAUCAAGAAGACGAGCAUCGCCGAGAAGCGUCGAGCAAGCAGCGUGGCAGCUUCAGAAUCGUCGGAGAGCAAUCUGUCGAGUCCCGGCAAUGUCUCGCAAGGUAGAAGCUCGCCCCUUCCGAAAUGGAAUAAUCGGGUGUGCUCAAUUUGUCAGAUAUCGCUCGGCUACAUUCUCAACAGCGGUACGAAAUGCAAGAAAUGCUCGGUGCUUCUAUGCGAGAAAUGCGCGGUCGCUAUAACAACGAGCGGCUCGGCGAAACAACAGCAGCACCUCUGCCAGAUCUGCUACGACGAGCGCGAGUUGUCGGCGGCGAAGAAUGAGUGGUGCAAGGGCGCCGUCGACGAAACGCCGACCUCGCAGGUGCUGCUCAACGCGAUUCGCACCACCGUCAAUGGCAACACCGCCAAGAGGAAUAGCAUGCAAAUCGCGACGCCAGCGCCUAAAGGUCGGGCGCCCUAUAAAAGGAAUUUAACACUUCCCGCAAUCCAAACCAACUAUUUGAAUGUUCCUGAUGAAGCUCCCGGAACAAAGUCCGCAACUGGAUCACCAAAGUUCUGGGGAGGAUCGCCGUCUCCAAGAAGUCCACGAUCAAUCAUUUCGGCAAACUCCUCAAUGAACAGUGUAUUCGAAGAAAGCGGCAGUACAAAUACGCUACAAGCAAUGCAUCCAAGAGAGCCCAUCGGAAGUCCGGCGCCUCGUCCAAUGUCGAGCACCCCAUUAACCGGCGUCCCGGAAGACGAACGACUCGAAGUUUCUGUGCCAUCUGUCGAACGCCGUCGAAGCGCGUUCGAAGGAUCGCGAAGGUCUGAAAAACUUCGACGCCAAAGCGAGGCUCCCGUACCGACAUUCCAGCUUAGCAUGUGCUGA